AUGACUACCGCGUACCCUGCGUACGGUGAGCGUAAAACGGUAACGACUAUGCAUUCACAGCUGUCUACUACUGUGCCUAGCAUUGAUUCGGUUGAUUACGACAACCGAAUGAAUGCUCAGCUUACAGGGAUACCUGAUGAAGGGGAAGCUCAAUGGGACCUCGAGGACGACUCCGAGUUCCUCAGCGGUCCUGAUGGGAAGGCCAACAAGGUGAGGAAGUCGAUCCUCACGCCGUGGUGGUUGGAUGAUAAACGAGGCAGCAAGACCUUUGGCGUUAUUGCGGAUGUCGAUGUUGAUAGCGAUUCUGAGCCGGCAACUACUUUGCCUCCAAUACAGAAGCGGUACAGGUCCCGUACAGAACUUCAAUAUCACGUAGUCCCCUCCAGCUCAUUUCGGCAGACCUGGCGAGCUAUCAAGUGCCCAUUCGGUGUUAUAGGUGCUGGCUUUGCUGGCCUUAUCGCACCUCCGAGACGGAAGACGUGGAAUAGAUCGUUCUCGGCUAGUGUGAGAAUCAUUCGCAGUGCGGGCAAGAACAUCCCGCGGAAUCCUUUAUUGAUGCAGAGCAUAUGCGAUGUGAGCCUACCUGGUACGGGUAAAUCUGGGGUAACUCGAUGGAGGACGGCAGUAGGGCGAUGCAAAAUUGAGUGGUAUUGGCCAUCGAAACGAACAGCGACGUUAAAGCGGCAAGUGUCAUUCAAGGGUCCUGGGAAUCUGCACGAUAACUCCGACUGGCGAGAUGCCCUGGGAGAUCCAUCGUAUCCGGUCAUUCUCUACUUUCACGGUGGUGCCUUCGUCCUGUGUACUCCCGGCAGCGUUGCUUACAGACCCUUCAUCACCAAAUGCGCAUACGACUCUCAAAGUUUCAUAUGUGCACUCAACUACUCCCGCCCCCCAGAGAUUGGGCUCAAAGAUAUCAUCGAAGAGGGCAUCAUAUCGUAUAGCUAUCUUAUCAACUCCCUCGAGAUCCCACCCGAACGCAUUGUUGUCAUGGGUGACUCUGCUGGAGCGAAUCUGGCCAUGAGCGUCCUAUUGCAAAUAAAAGAUAGAGGGCGAUACCCACUACCGGCUGGCCUGGCCCUCCUGUCGCCCUGGGCAGACAUGAUUACCAGUGGACGACCCAUUGGUGUCACCGGGCCUGUCACCAUCAUUGGACUUGCAAGUGCCUAUCUAUUGUACCUAUGGCGAAGUAGAAAUUCUGCGGGCAUCAACGGAGCGGCUCUGCAGGAGCGAGUCGCUAUCAACCUUAUUGAUCUCAAUGUAGACGAGGAGAUCGUGGAGCUAUUGAUACAGCCAGUUAACUGA